AUUGUAUAUAAAUAUAAAAAGUUUAUUCGAAAUAUAUUUUUAAUAACUUUUAAUUAGAAAUUACUAAGUAAUAAUUUCUUUUUGAUAUAAACAAAAUUUUUUAUAUAAAAAAAGAAAGCACUGCAGUUUUAGAAGAAAAAAAGGAUUAGUAUUAUUAUAACAUACAAAAAAAAUCUAUAAAAGAACAAGUCAAAGGUUUACAAUCCAUGUCAAUGCUGUCCUUGUAAUCCAGAUGCUAAGUGCCUAUUUCCUAUUUCAUUUCAGAUGCAAAACAUCUUCUAAGUAAUACAGUGUAGCUGUGAAGCGAAUCGAAUCAUAUCAUACAUAUACAUAUUUUUUUUUUUUUUGUAAAUUGCACACGAUCAAUUACAAAUAUUAAUGUCAACGGCAUAAUGGAUUUUAUCCAUUAUCUCUACUGCACUGAUAAGAGAGAUAACAAAAAACAUAUUUUAUGUGUUUAAUUCACGCAAUUAUCAGUUACACGCUGAUUCUCAAGCAAUACUAUCAUGGUCCGCGAUCGAAUGCCGGAGUUACGUGCCUAUUAUUAGAAUCAAGAUCAGAACGUGUAGGUGUACUUAUACUAGGACCAGGUUGCAAAAGUGAAUAUAAAGUUGAAUUUGAACAUAUUGGAGAAUUGGAUGUAUCUAAAGCGCUGAUUGGUGAAGGAGAAUUUACUAAUAUAUUACUAGAAUUUAACAUCUGAGAAAUCGAAAGUCGCUGUAAUACAACUUUAGGAUAUAAAUUACACGUUGUUAGAUUUAAAUUUUUGUUGGACGCGUUUUGAUUAUUAAUUUCUAAUGUAGAGUUUUCUUCUUCAAUAAAAUUCUCAUCAUCAACUCUAAUAUCUUCCAUUUGUCUGAAAUAAAUGGAAAAUUAAAAUUAAAAAAUAAUCAGUAAAUUUAUAAAUAGUAAUACAUAAUACUAAAUAAAUUUACAUAUACUUUUUAAACUGCUCCACUUCUUUUUCCAGUUUAGGAUACUCGCUUAAUAUAUUUAGUAGUUGGUCCUUGUUAUAUUCAGAAUAUGUUUUAACCAGAACUUUUUUUACAACAUUUUCUAAUGGUGAUUUUAGGAUAGAUAAUUUUAUCCUAAGUUUUAUUAAUAUAGGUAAUAGAAUUUCUAAACCAUGUUUUUUAAUUCCUUCAAUAAUAAUAGUAAUAGCAUUAGAAGUUGAGCCAUUUGGUUGA